AUGGCUUCUUUUCUCCUUGAUAUCUUGACGUGGCUUUCUAUCAUCGUAGGCAUUGCUAUUGCUUAUUUAAUCAAGCAGUUAAUUUCCAAGCUAGUCUCACCGUUAAAUAAGAUUCCUGGACUACCAACAUGGUCGCCAUUGGGGCAUUUACUCAUUAUUAUGAAAGAACCACCUGGCGAUCCUUAUUUACAAUGGAGCGAACAACACGGGGGCAUCGUUCGUUACUGCUUUCCGAUUUAUUCCCAACGGGUCGCCAUUACUGAUCCAGAGUAUAUCAAGCAUGUACUGGUGACGCAGUGUAUUAAAUAUCGUAAACCUUUACGCACCAAGGCUUUCUUAGGAGAUCUUAUUGGUGAAGGAUUGCUUUUGCUUGAAGGGCAAAAGCAUGCUAAAGUUCGGAAAAUCAUUAAUCCAACAUUUAAAUAUAAUAAAAUUAAAGAGAUGGCACCAGUAUUUCAAAAUUUUGCCCAACUCUUGGUAAAUUACUGGCAAAAUGAAAUCGACGAGCGCGGUGAUCAAAAAGCUACGUUGAAUGUACAUCAAGACUUUGCUCGAAUCACCCUAGAUAUCAUAUGCAAAUGUGCAUUUGAUUACGAUUGUAAUUCAUUAACAAAUGAGAACAAUCAGGUAUCGGUUGCCUUCAGGAAGAUUAUUGGAGGCCUUACUUUAAAUUGGACAUAUUUGGUACCAGGCUUUAAAUAUUUACCUACAUCUAGCAAUAGAGAAAAAAGUCGUGCUUUAUCUAUUUGUCAUAGUACUGUCAAGAAAGUAAUUGACCAAAAAUUAGAGAAGGGGUCUAUUGAUGAAGAAAAAUGCUUGCUAGAUAUUUUGCUCUCGCUAAAAGAUGAAGAAAAUAAUCCUAGCUUUACUGGUAAAGAAUUACAGGAUCAAAUUAUGACUUUUAUGGCUGCUGGUCAUGAGACUACAAGUGUGGCAUUAACUUGGACAUUAUAUGCAUUGGCUAGCAACCCUGAACUUCAAGAGAAAGUGCGUAAAGAAAUUUGUAAGGUUAUACAACCAAGUGAUAAUAUAACAUGGAGCACUUUCGACGAAUUGCUAUACCUUGAGAACGUUAUUAAAGAGUCCCUUAGACUAUAUCCACCUGCGCCACUGACCUUUCGAGAAGCGACAGCAGAUGAUAAGUUAGGAAAAUAUUUUAUCCCCAAAGGAACUACAAUUGCAAUUUUAGCACCUCAUAGGAGUUCAAAGUACUUUGAAGAACCUUUAAAGUUUAAUCCGGAUAGAUGGGAUAACUCAGCCAAGAAUACCAGUCCAUACGCAUACAUGCCAUUUCUUAGAGGGCCGCGAAUUUGCAUCGGCUCUAAAUUUGCACUAACGGAAAUGAAGUGUAUCUUAUCGUUAUUAUUAAGUAAUUUUUCUUUCCAACCUUAUCCUAACCAACAGAUUGAGAGAAAGUUGCAUAUUACAAUGCGGCCAUAUCCGCCUUUGAAACUUAUCGUUUCACCAGUGUCACCUUGA